AUGCUGCUCUACCUCGUCACCUUCAACCUCGCGCGGGCCCUCGUUGAUCCACAGCUGCUGGGCCAGACGCUGCUGGACGGCCUGCCGAACCGCGCGCCGUUGCCCGACGUCAUCGUCUGCAGCUUGCAGGAGGUGUCGCCCGUCGCCUACGCAUUCCUGGGCGGCUCGUAUCUGACGCCCUACUUUGAUCGCAUCGCGAAGAGCGUCAGCAUCGCCGCCAAGAAGCAUGCCGGCGACGAGCACGCCUACCGCAGCGUCGUCCUGCACCAUGUGGGCAUGACGGCCAUUGCGGUCUUUGCCAAGCCUGACGUCGCCGACCGCAUCAGAUGGAUGCAGACCGCAGCCGUCGGUGUCGGCUUCAUGGAGACGGGCCACAAAGGCGCCGUUGGCGUGCGCCUGGCGCUUGCAACGCAUGCCGACAGCGACGACGAGGUGGAAAUGACCUUCGUUGCCGCCCACCUGGCCCCGAUGGAGGACAGCGUGCCGCGCCGCCUGGAAGACUGGGAACACAUUGUCCGCAACCUCGUCUUCGAGCCCGCCGCAGAUCACGCCGCCUCCAAGACCGCGGGAGCAAGGGCAAUAGAGUCUGCAACAUCAGAAGCCGUUGCGCAGCAGGGCGAGCAGGAGCCGCUGAUAUCCCCUUCGUACGCCUCCGGACCCGCCUCCGCCCUACGCGGGCUGUACACCGCGACGUCGCACAUCUUCUUCGCCGGCGACCUCAACUUCCGCACCCACGAUACAGGCCCAGCCCCGGACGACCACUGCACCCGCUUCCCGCAGCCGCAUCACCCGGAAGACUCGCCGCAGCACUACUUGCGCCUGCUGGCCACCGACCAGCUCAACCGCGAGCGCCGCGCCGGCCGCAUCCUCCAAGGCUUCUCCGAACUCGACAUCGCCUUCCCACCCACCUACAAGUACUCGACGCACCUCCGCCCGGAUCCGACCACCAACCCAACGCCAUCUCCCGACCAGGCCUGGGCCUGGGCCAAGCACCGCUGGCCCAGCUGGUGCGACCGCAUCCUCUUCCUGCCGCCGCCUCCCCAACCCUCUUCAUCUCCUUCAUCCCCCUCCUUCUCCCCGCUCAAGUACACCUCUCUCCCCCUCCUCCCAUCGUCCGACCACCAACCCGUCGCGCUCGCCCUCGAGGUCUCCACCGACGUGCCCCUCGCCCCUCCCGCAAAAGACGCCAGUGACGACGACGUGCGGACGCACCCGCCGUUCCCGCUCAAUCCUGACUGGAGGGCGCGUCGGGACGCGGCGCGCAGACGCGAGAUCGCGUUCGGCGUGCUGGCGUAUCUGACGUGGACGUACGAGGGGAACGCGGUGCUGCUGGCGCUGGUGGUGGGUGCGUUGAGCGUGAGCGCCAUCGCGAAGAGCUUCAGUUGA